UCUUGCACUGUCAGAUUUUUCCCGAGUGCAUUCUUGGAGGAGCUCUCUCCAGUACUGGGGAAAGGUGCGCCAGGGUUAGCGCUGGAAGCGGAUUCUGUCCCCCGGCUCUGGCUCGGUUACCUUGGACAGCUCACAGCGCCCACACCAUUCUCGUCUCAUUGGAGAUUUUGCUUUUGAGGGUGGUCAGAAUGGAGGGUCACAAGAUUGAGUUGAUCUCAGGUGGUCUGUCUCCUGCCCUUACUGCACCCAUGCCCAAAUCUCACUGAUUUCCCCAAAUUCAAUCUUCAAAUCCCAUUCCCUGGACUUCCGCAGUAGGAAAUGGCCAUUCUCAAAGUCAAGUUCGACUUGCAGAAGCGUGUCAAGUUGGCUCAGGGGCUCUGGCUCCUGAACUGGUUCUGCGUCUUGGCCGGCAUCGUUGUUUUUGGGAUGGGCUUGUUCCUUAAGAUUGAGCUGAGGAAACGAAGCGAAGUGAUGGACAAUGCGGAGAGCCACCUAGUCCCCAACUCCCUGAUCCUGGUGGGCGUGCUGGCCUGCACCAUCAACUGCUUUGGUGGCAAGUUUUGCUAUGAUUCCCUUGACCCUGCGAAAUAUGCCCGGUGGAAACCUUUCCUCAAGUUCUACCUUGGCGCCUGUUUGUUCUUCACUUGCCUGACCUUCCUCUCUGUGGUGCUGAGCUUUCUGAUGAAGAUCUAUAUGGAGGAUACUCUGGCCAAGGGGCUGAAGAAUAGCAUGAAAUAUUAUCGAGACACCGACACUCCGGGACGGUGCUUCAUGAAAAAAACUAUCGACCAACUUCAGAUCGAGUUCCACUGCUGUGGCAACAACGGCUUCAGAGAUUGGUUUGAAAUCCAGUGGAUCAGCAACAGAUACCUGGACUUCAGCUCUAAGGAGGUGAAAGACCGUGUUAAGAGCAAUAUCGAUGGGAAGUACCUGACGGAUGGGGUCCCAUUCAGUUGCUGCAAUCCAGCCUCCCCUCGACCCUGUAUCCAGCAGCAGAUCACCAACAAUUCCGCCCAUUACAGUUAUGAGUUCCAGAGCGAGGAGCUCAACCUCUGGACUCGGGGCUGCAAGGAAGCUCUCCUCAAUUAUUACACUAACAUGAUGCAAUCCAUGGGAGCACUAGUCCUAAUCCUGUGGUUACUAGAGGUGACUGUGAUGGUUGGGAUCCAAUAUUUGCACACAGCCCUGGAUAGCAUUGCAAAUCCUGAAGAUCCUGAGAGUGAUAGUGAGGGUUGGUUAAUGGAGAAAGGUCUGAAGGAAACACUUAAAUCUCUCCUGGAAAGUGUAAAAGAGCUGGGUAAGUUCAAUCAGGUAGCUACAGCUGAAGAGGUGAAAAAGGAAGAGGGCACGACUGUUGCCACAGUCAGCUGAAGAGACCAAACAACAAGUUGCAGGAGAGGGGGAGAAACAAUUUAGACUAUGAAGGAAAUGAAAAUUGAAUAAAUGUACAAUACAAAACGAAAUGAAUAAUUCCCUUUGUUGUUUAAUAUAAAAGGCAUGUACCCCAAGGACUUUAUUUUCCUGUAUUUGCCACGCAUAAUCUAUUAUAUUGUAUAAACCAUCACCAUUUAACAUAAUAUGUAAUUCAUUUAUUUACAAUAUUUGAAUUAUGUUAAAUUAAUUUUAAAAUUUAUUUGCUUGUACUAUAUAAAGAUAUAAAUAUAACCAAUGUAUUGCUUUUGAAUCUGGAAAUAUGGAUUGUGUGAUGACAAUACUUAUUUAAAACAGUCCUGCCAUUUUUAAUGUAGCUCAAAUGCUAUGUGAAGUUAUAUAGUUUGUGUUGUUACAAAAUAGGGUUCAAUAUUAAAAGCAUCUUCCAAGACA